AUGUUUGAACGUGCUGAGGCUGCGAAGCUACGUCGGCUGCUAGGCAUUGUCACGCGACACUUUCGCGCAUCUCACGCUGACGGCGUGGGACACUCGGAUGUGGCAGGCACGCAGCGUCCCGCACACGACGCCGCUAUGACGUUUUCUGCGGCGGCGCCUUCAUCCUCGGUGGGCCGCAUGGUUGUGGUGGUCUCAUCGCGGAAGGAGCAGGACGCGGUGUUUCCGCAACUGCUGGCCGGGCUGCGGGGGAGUGACGCGGUGCCCUCCCACGGAGAGAGAGAGAAAGAGAUGGGGCAGGAAACGGAGGAGCUUUCGCCCCCACGCACGGCAUGGACGGCAACUCGCUCGCAUCACUUGAGAAGGACGUGGCGAACACGGUGGCGGUGCUCUUGCGCCUGCCAGCACGUUUCUUAUGGGCCCCACGUGUGGGAAGGGACGCAACGAUAG